AGUUGUUAACCAUUGGCAUUCGGUGUUCGCAAUUCGAAUUGAACGGUACAGUGGGCGCACUAGCGAAGCCAUAAAGGGUGUUGAGAGUAAAGAGUAAAGCGGUUUCGGUGUUGAAUUUGAUUGGGGAAAAUUUGUAAAUAAAUGUAAAACGUGUUAAGGUGUUUGUUUGGAAAGCAUUGAAUGAGUGGCGGGAAAGGCGUGAGAAAAACAGAGAAAUAACGUUGACUUCGUCAAUAAUACUACACGCGCGAAGAAAGCUACGAUAUUUUAUCAAGUUUUUAUAAAAACAAAAAAAAAAAAUUUUGCCAAAAGUGAUUCUUCAAAUAAUAAAAAGUGCAGUUUCUAAAAUCAACACAGAAAUCUAUGUUCAGAUAAGAAAAAAAUCCCGCUGACUAACGAGUACAGCAACUUAAAGCGCAAAACGAAGUCACGCUAAUUAUAGCGCACUUGUACAACAAUAACAACACACACACAUUCAUUGUGUCCAAGCUGGUCUCGCACCGAAAAUUAAAAAAAAAUAAUAUUUCCAUACCGAUCGAUGAGCAAUCGUUUUGCGCAAAAAUAGACGAUUGCUUUGUGUUGCUGCAUUUUGAGUUCAAGGUAUUUUAUUUAAAGUGCCCGCCUACUUGCGCCACAGAAAGGCAUUCAAUUGUAACGAAGAAACUUAAAACAUCUGUCAGAAUGAGCUAUCUUCGUUCCGUAGAAAUCUCACGCGUAGAGAUGACGCCAGCGGAGGACUCCACCUACACAACCAGUACUGGGUCGAAGCGUGCCAGCUAUUCUUUGAUAGGCAUUAAAGUUCUUGAAUUAGCACUUGUUAUCGUCUGCAUCGGCCUCAUCGAUGAGCCAUCCACUCACUCACAUCUGCGCGUCUUCAUAACGCCGCGCGUCGUCGCGCUGUGCUAUGUAACCUUUGGCAGUCUCCUCAUUUAUUCGUCAAUUUAUUUAAUUAUGGCAUUGUUCGGCGAUAUCACUCCCUGGCGCACUGCGACUUUGUGGUCUUUCGUGGGUUUCAUACUCCUCAUUGUCACGACGGCGCUACUCUUCCGCGAUUGGUCGACUACAAAAGAACGCAAUUAUUGGCACCCGAAUAUGCAACGUCUUGACCUCGUGCUGGCCGCUGCUUCGGUGGCGUUGGUAAGCACACUUAUCUAUUUGGUCGAUUUGUUGGCCACAAUACGUUUUGGCAUUAGUGGUGAGUUGGAAUAAUCGAGCGAAUAUGAUCGAUUGCAUGGAAUUUCGAUUGGAUGGAAGAUGUAUCGACUUCUGGCAGAAGAUCACCUUAAUGCUGUAAUAUUUACAGAAAAACGAGUAUAAUUUGUUUAUAAUAUAUUUUAUUAAUAAUUUCUACGGCAAAUAACUGCAAUCAUUUUAUAUUCAAUGUUAGUGUUAAGUUCAAUGUAAUUUUUUACGUACACAUAUACACUUACAUACAGACAUAAUUGUAUUGUUAAGGGCAACCGAAUAUUUAAUAUGCCAUGGUGAAGUUUUUUCUUUGAAAUGUACAAAAAAUGCAAUUAUUAAUAUCGAAUAAGAGUGACAUAUACUUACAAACUAAGUGCAAAAUUGAAUAAAUAACUUUUUCAAUACUACGAUAACCAAUAAGCGUUUU